UCGGCUGUAGGGUUUUCUACAAGCCACAUCCCAUAGGACUAGUACAGUACUGCAGAUUCAAGAACCUAGAGGAUUUUGGUACACAUUCUUCCAGGACAGAAGGACGUCUUUUGGGUUGCAAUACAUGCUUCUGAAAUUUUACGAGGAGACUAAGAUGAGGGGAGUCAUGAGGCUAUCUGUAUUAAAAGCUCUUGUUAUGUGCAUCGCCUGCGGAGCAAGUGGAUGGGUAGUGACCAAUUCAACUGACACUUUGUCAGAACCAAGCAAUUUCACUGACAUCGGCUCAGCUUUGAAGCAUCAUUUGGACUCUGUGAAUAUCCCCAAAACUAGACGGAGGCGAUACAUUUCCCAGGACGACAUGAUUGCUAUACUCGAUUACCACAAUAAAGUACGAGGCAACCAAGUCUUCCCACCUGCUUCAAACAUGGAGUACAUGGUGUGGGAUGAGAAUCUUGCGAAGUCAGCUGAAGUCUGGGCAGCCAUGUGCAUUUGGGAGCAUGGACCUCAAUAUCUCUUGAGAUUCUUGGGCCAGAACCUAUCUGUGAGAACCGGACGCUACCGAUCCAUUCUUCAGCUGGUGAAGCCCUGGUAUGAUGAAGUCAAUGACUAUGUUUUUCCGUACCCUCGUGACUGCAAUCCCAGGUGCCCUCUAAAAUGCUAUGGACCGAUGUGUACACAUUAUACCCAGAUGGUUUGGGCCACUUCAAAUCGAAUUGGCUGUGCAGUCAACACUUGUCAUAAUAUGAAUGUGUGGGGAUCAGUAUGGAGAAGAGCUACAUACUUGGUAUGCAAUUAUUCGCCAAAAGGGAAUUGGAUUGGAGAUGCUCCCUACAAAGUAGGCGUUCCUUGCUCAGCAUGUCCACCAAGUUAUGGAGGCUCAUGCAGCAACAACAUGUGCUUUCCAGGCGUCACCUCAAACUACCUGUAUUGGUUUAAAUAAGGCAUCCCAAAUUCAGCUCUUGAUGACAGAAAAAGGCAUUUAUCGUGAGGAUUUGCACAAAAAGUAUUUUGUAUAUAAAUUCCCAUUUGAACUGUGUUCAUCAUAUAGUUUAACUUUUUUUUUUUUUUUUAUUGAACCAGCAUAACCAGAUCCUGAUACAGCAUUAGAAAAUUGAUCAGAGAUUUACUUUAACCUGAUUGGUCAAUAUGAGGUCCCGAAUCUCUGGUAAAGGACCUUAAAUGUUAUCUUUCAAACUAUGUUUAAUCACUGUUCCAAAUCAAUCCGCAGAAAAUACGUACAGUAAAUAUAGUAUUCAUUUAUGCAAUUUACGUCUUUUCUGCUCAAUGAAAGAAAAUCUCUGUUGUAGUACACACUCUGAAUGUUGUUUUUCAAUGCAGACUAAAGUCUGCUUCCUUGCUAUCCUAUAUGUUCAAUCUAUCCAUUUCAAUUUGUGUUUGCUGGCAGUGGCAAUAUACAGUAUCAAAACAGGAAUAGCAACUAGUCUCCGGUUUGAAUGACAAAUUGUAGAAAUCAAACAACUGGAUGCAAACUGAUAACUUUCAGUAAGUUUAUUUAGCAUGUCACAACCACAACACAGACACGGUGCUCUCUUUUCUACCAAAGCCAGGAGGCUUUGAAUGCAUUUCAUGAACACACUGUGAACAAGUUACUGAACAAACAGCACGAUCAGCAUUAACACAUAUAAGCUACUAGAUAGUUUUAAUUACUAAAAGUAUUAUUAUUAUUAUUUUUUUGCUAAUCAAUUUUAGAACCUAAUUGUAACUUAAAUACUGAAACUUACACAAACCUGCACUCAAAUCCUAAUUAAAAAAAUAAAAAGUUACAGGUACUUCUAUUCUUUUACACAUUUUACAAACAGUUCACAGACCAUCUUCGCUUUUGUAUACGAGGUACCUGAACUGAAAAACAGCUCCAUAUAAGUAGAAGAUUUUUUAGCUGAGGUAUUAUUUAGGCUAUUAGAAAUAUCCAUGACGCAACGUCGUCCACCGCGAAGGAUAAUACAAUAUAUUUUGACCAGUUGUGUCUUUGUUUAGUAUUUGCUGUCCAAUAGAUGUGAAUUGAGUUUUCAAUACAGCAGGUCAAAAUGAAAAAGCCGGCACCUGCGCGGAUGUUCCAGCUGGCAUCUAUUAGAGGCUCGCUAUAGCUGAAUUGUUUUCUAAUGCUUAAUCUUAACCAGUUUAAGAUCAGCACAACCAGUGCUGGCAACAACUUGAAUUUAACAGGAUAGGCAGGGUACCACCUGCAGCAUACAAAAUGGUAAAAGGUGCUUUUGUACUUAUUUUUGAAAUACUGUAACCAGUUUAAAGCUAUUUAUUCUGCAUUCUUUCUUUAAGGGUACCCUGGAAUUGUAUUAUAAAAUAGGAUAAUCAAAACAGCACAUUUGUUCCUAUUAACGCUUUAAGUCCUAAUUAUCUGGAUAUGAAUGGUUCAUCUUCACAUCUCGAACUAUGCAGAAAUGAUAAAUAAAAAUAUAUAUAGGGGCAGUACUGUUAUCCUUAUGGUGCUUCUGUGUAUUUUUUUACUUAGUUUUUUUGUAACUGUUAUGUUCAAUAAUAUGUACACAUUUUAAAGUGUAAUUUUAAAUUAUUCUUAAAAUGAAUCAAAGCUAACUGUUUAGCUGGUUUUUUUUGUUGCAUAUAAUGUAUACUGUACUUUCUGGGUAUAAAAUGUAGGUCUGGUUCCUAUGGAGCUAGUGUUUGUAUAGUAGACUCUCGCUAAUCAAAACUAUUUGGGACUGUUCAGAUUAGUAAGUGUUCAGAGUAUUGAUUGUAAUCUGUACCAUACAAAAAAAAAACAAUCCUUGUUGAGUAUUUUUUAUGUACUGUAAUUGAUCAGCAGUAAUAAACAAUUUAAUUAAA